AUGGGAACACUAUUUCGAAGAAAAGCUCAGAACAAGAAGGAAGAUUCCGGUGAAGAAAAUUCUGCUCACGAUAGGGGAGAGAAGAAGAACCACAUCCAUCAUCAGCAAGGACUGAGCCAUAAGAAAAGAAGGAAUGGUAGUGGCAGUGGUAGAAGAAAAGAUCAUGGUAAAACUGUUGAUAGAGAAAGGGUUGAGGAUGGCAGGAAACGUUGGAGAGAUUCCCGAAGACUCAUCUUUAUUCUUGGUGCGUUCCUAGGUGUCCUUUUGCCGUUUAGUUUUGGCGCGUAUCACGUUCAUAAUAGUAAUAGCGACUUGUUUGAUAGCUUUGUGAAUUUUGAUUCCCUCAAAGUGUAUUUGGAUGACUGGAAAGAUGUUUUGCCACAGGGCUUGAGUUCAUUUAUUGACGAUAUUCAAACCGGUAACUACUCAACAUCAUCUUUAGAUGAUCUUAGUGAGAAUUUCGCCGUCGGUAAACAGCUUCUGCGAGAUUUAGACAUUGAAGCCAAACAUCCUGUAGUGAUGGUUCCCGGUGUUAUUUCUACCGGUAUUGAAAGCUGGGGGGUUAUUGGAGACGACGAAUGUGAUAGUUCUGCUCACUUCCGUAAGCGGUUGUGGGGUAGUUUUUACAUGUUGAAGACUAUGGUUAUGGAUAAGGUGUGUUGGUUGAAGCACGUAAUGCUAGAUCCAGAAACUGGGCUAGAUCCACCUAAUUUCACGUUACGUGCGGCGCAGGGUUUUGAGUCCACUGAUUACUUCAUUGCAGGGUACUGGAUUUGGAACAAAGUUUUCCAGAAUCUGGGGGUGAUUGGAUAUGAACCCAACAGUAUGACAAGUGCCGCUUAUGAUUGGAGACUGGCGUAUUUGGACCUAGAAAGACGCGACAGGUAUUUUACCAAGUUAAAGGACCAAAUCGAACUAUUUUAUCAGUUGAAUGGCGAAAAAGUCUGUCUGAUUGGGCAUUCCAUGGGGUCUCAGAUCAUUUUUUAUUUUUUGAAAUGGGUCGAGGCUGAAGGUCCUCUCUAUGGUAACGGUGGCCGUGGCUGGGUUGAUAAACAUAUUGAUUCAUUUAUCAAUGCAGCGGGGACGCUUCUGGGUGCCCCCAAAAGUGUUCCGGCCUUGAUUAGUGGUGAAAUGAAAGACACUGUUCAAUUGAAUGCGUUAGCCAUGUACGGACUAGAAAAGUUUUUCUCCAGAAGUGAAAGAGUGAAGAUGCUACAAACGUGGGGCGGUAUUCCAUCGAUGUUACCCAAGGGAGAGGAGGUCAUCUGGGGGGACAUGGAAUCGUCUGCAGAAGAUGCUUUAAACAACAACACUGAUACGUACGGGAACUUCAUUCGGUUUGAAAAGAACACGAGCAGUGCGUUCGACAAGAACCUAACGAUGAAAGAUGCCAUCAAUUUGACCAUGGCAAUUUCGCCCGAAUGGUUACAGAAAAGAGUACGUGACCAAUACUCGUUUGGAUACUCUAAGACAGAAAAGGAACUGAGCGACAACGAGCUGCACCACAGGUACUGGUCCAACCCCAUGGAGGUGCCCCUCCCGGACGCUCCCCACAUGAAGAUCUACUGUAUAUACGGGGUGAACAACCCCACCGAAAGGGCGUACGUUUACAAGGAAGAAAAAGACUCGUCUACCCUCAACCUGACUAUCGACUACGAAAGUAAGCAGCCAGUAUACUUCACGGAGGGCGACGGAACCGUGCCACUCGUGGCGCACUCGAUGUGCCACAAGUGGGCCCAAGGAGUUUCGCCGUACAACCCUGCUGGGAUCAACGUCACCGUGGUGGAGAUGAAGCACCAGCCAGAUAGGUUCGACAUCCGUGGUGGAGCUAGGAGCGCCGAGCACGUAGACAUCCUAGGCAGUGCGGAGUUGAACGACUACAUCCUGAAGAUCGCCAGCGGCCACGGUGAUCUCAUUGAGCCGCGUCAGCUGUCCAAUCUGAGCCAAUGGGUCUCCCAGAUGCCCUUUCCAAUGUAA